AUGUUUCGCGGAAGCAGCAGAUCUCGUGGAGAAGCUCCUGUAGCAGUCACUCAACAAGAGUUCCCAGCGCCUCGGGAGAGCUCUAACUGGCGGCCAGCUCUGCGCAGAAUCAAGAGAGGACUUUUCCCCAAAUCUAGUGUUCAAGAGAAGACGGACAUUGGCAAGCCAGAACGAACCGAUUCACCAAAGAGUCAGACCCUCGUUGAGAUCCACCAACAGCGGUUGAAUGAGCGGAACACAAGACCAAGUACCGCAAACCAACCCGAAAUAUCAAGAGGAUAUUCACAGUCAAAUGCCUAUCAACCCGAUGUCCUCCGAAAGCAACGUCCUGUUCCAAUGGGCCCGAGAGAGCCGAAUGAACCCUCGAAAUUCAACUUCGUCAAGCGAUCGUUAUCGAGAUCGAACUCUAAACGGAGAUCAAUACAGGAGCCUCGUGAGCCGAUCUUCGUUAUGCGCGAUAUUAAGAGAGACCAAGUCGAGAUCAUAUCAGCCGGCCCUCCCAGCUCCAGCACCGCCGCGUACGUCCCUCGACAUGCAGCAGCAGACUUUCAGAAAAUCAGUAGCAAUCAGAGCCAGCAGCCUCAAAACAGUUCUAUCCCACGGAAACCUGUCCCAGGACAAAUACAAGCUCCCGAAAAGGCAGCCUACCAACCCAAGCACGCAGCAUCCGAUUUCUCCAAGCUAAAACUCCCCUUCACACUCGACUCGAACGGUCUCGCACAACACCCUUCCGAUCAAAACAUGAGUACAGUCCACAACCCUUCUCGCAUGUCCGAUGCCGAUCUCGACGACUACCAAAGCUUCCUCAAAGCAUCUCGCCUCGCCGCAGCAGGGAACUAUAAUUCCUACGGCGUCAUCUCAUCCAGCAACUUCACACCCAAGACAUCACAGCUGAUGCAAGAGAUUAUUUCGAAUCAACAGUCUCUGGAAAGAGAGCGGGAACGAGAACGCGCCUAUGCUAUGUCGCAGCGCUCGGUGGCAUCGAAGCAGGGGAGUAAAGCGGGCAGUAUAUUCGACCGGAUGGCGGAGUACGUGAGGCCUGGGAGGACGGGGAGUAUCAGGUCACAGAGGACGGGUUUUACCAGUAUAGAUGAUAAGGGGAGUUUAAGGAGUAGUAUAAUUGGUGAUGACGAGAGCAGGAGGGGUGGAGGUCGGUGGAGGAGAGUUGGGGGAAGUAUUAGGAGGAGUUUUUUAAGGGAUAGGGACAGAGAUGGGGUCGAUAUUGAAGUGGAUGAGAAAGAGGGCGGUGAUUUGAGGGGUAGGAAGAGGAGGAGUAGGAUUAUGCCUCUUUCGGGAGGGUUGAAGAGGUUUAAUCAGGCGGUUGCAAAUGGCGGGUAUUGA